AUGGCGGCGGAUCUCGGCAAGCGGGCGAUGACGGUGGAGUCCUUUGUGGAAUUGCAGAGGAAAUUGCUGGUCAUGGAGAGGGACGAGGAAGUCGCCCAAACUACAGAAGUGCUGCGAUCAUAUUCCAACGCGGACUUACAAGAUCGAGGCAUCGUCCUCCUUAAACUCCUUCUGGAUACGGUAUCGACCGGGCCUUACGGGCGUGCUCUCCUCACUUUUGGGAAGCCUGCUGGACGCGGGGAUCAGCGAUCACCUCUGCCACCCAACAGAUUCUCCUCGGGUGAUAUAGUGGGCGUAUUUGGUCUAUCGAGCCAUCAGGGCUUCAGUGGGGAGCCUGAAGUGGCCGGCGUGGUCCACUCAGUAGGGCAGUACUCGGUCGUUGUGGUGGCGGAUGAUGCGGAGUUGGACACGGACGGGUUAAGAGUAGGAGGAGGCGCCCCGUCAUAUUCCCUUGCUCUCAUGGGUAGCGAUGUGACCUACAAGCGGCUCAGCAGUAUGCUGGGGAAGCUGGAAAAAACGAAGAACAAUGAAAUCGUGUCAUGCUGUUUCGGCGAGUCUCCUAUACCAUCCCUUAACCCAAGGGUCCAAGAAGAGAUCCCCCUGGCGUUUGGUGACAAUCUCAACGAGGUGCAGCGUCGAGCCGUGAGGACUUGCCUUGAUGCAUCGCCAUUAGCACUAGUCCAUGGGCCUCCAGGCACCGGCAAGACUACUGUUCUUGUAUCGUAUAUAUUAGAGGCGAUUCAGAGACAUCAGAAGCUACUGGUCUGUGCACCCUCUAAUGUGGCCGUGGACAACCUCUUGGAACGUGUUACGGCGGUUGGUGGGAUAUCCAAUGUGGUCCGCAUAGGGCAUCCAGCUAGGGUUGAGAAGGGCCUUGAAAGGUAUACAUUGGAUGCCAAGCUCGCACAGAAUGACCAACAGCAGCUAGUGGGAGAUAUUCGUAAGGAGAUAGACUCGUGUCUAAAGAAGAGUAAGAAGGCUAAGGAUCGAGGUGCAAGGCGAGCGAUGCAAGGAGAAGUCCGAGAGCUGAGGAAGGAACUUCGGUCAAGAGAGCGUCGGGCGGUCUCUGAGGUCAUUCAGCAGUCAAGCGUAGUUUUCUCGACCUGCGCAGCGGCAGGGGGGAGGACUUUGGCAAGAGCACUAGAGAAUGGUUGCGGGGAUGCAUCGACUCGACUCUUUGAUGUGGUGGUGAUCGAUGAGGCAGCACAGGCCAUAGAAGCGGCAUGCUGGAUUCCCCUACUAUUAGGGAGGAAAGCGGUCUUAGCUGGAGACCAUAAGCAGCUGGCCGCUACGGUACUCAGUGAGGAAGCCGCAAAAGGAGGCCUGCAAGAGACGCUGUUCGGUCGGCUCAUGGAGAUGAUGGAGAAGUCGACGAUUGGCGAGGGUCGUGAGAUGCCCAGUGUUAUGCUCACUACACAAUAUCGCAUGAAUGAAACCAUAAUGGGUUGGAGCAACGCCCAGUUCUACGGGGGGCAUCUGCUUGCAUCGGAAUCGGUGAAAUCGCGGACUCUGCAGGAGUUAACGGAGAGAAUCUGGGCCGACCAAGAGAUGCUCUCUCGACCGUUAUUGUGGAUUGACACAGCAGUGGACUGGAUGCACGAGGAUGAAGUUGGUGAAGAGGAGUCCCGGAGUAACAGUGCCGAAGUGGCUCUAGUCGCCAAAUACAUCUCGUUUUUAAGGGCGGCCGGCAUCAAACGGGACCAAACAGCUGUCAUUAGUCCUUACAAUCGUCAAGUGGGCCUUAUACGGGACGCAUUGAAGAGCUCUACGGGAGAGACUGAUGCAUCGUUCGUAUCUUCUGUGGAUUCCUACCAAGGUCAAGAACAGGAAGUGGUGGUCUUGUCGCUGGUCCGCUCAAACGACGCAGGUGAAGUCGGAUUUUUGAAGGACUAUCGACGCCUAAACGUUGCAGUGACGCGGGCUAAAAGGCAACUUGUUCUUGUGGGGGACUCUGAGACUAUAGGAGCAGAUGACGUACUAGUCACCCUGUACAGCUAUGCAGCAGAGCGUGGGUUUAUUAUACCUGCAUUGAGUAUGGUGGAGGACGUUUCCGAACUAUCACGCUACCCUUCCGUCGUGCCCCCGCCGAGAUCAUCCCACACGAACGAUGGCGAUAGCAAGAAGCAUCGCAAGGUUAAGAGUGCCGCAGAACAUAGGAGUCCUGAGAAGCUCGAGACCCAUAGUGAUAUGAAAAGGGUGUCUACCACGGAAAUUGGGGAGAAGCCCGUCGCUCGGGUGGACCUGACUAUCGAAGCCGUCGAUGCGACUCUCGACUCCCUGGCGUCGGAAGAAACAUAUUGCUUUGAUAACUUGUUGAGUGCUGCCUCGCGAAGAUUGGUACAUGAACGUGCUGAGACGAGAGGGUUUAAGCAUGGCAGCAGUGGCGAUGGUAUCAUGCGGUAUGUUUGGGUCCGAGCGGUGCCACAGGGGGAAAGUGAUCAACAGGGAAAUGCGCCUCUCUUGGAAGGUGACAAAAGCCCGGCGAAAGAGAUAGAAGCGAAGCGUUCGGCGACCUCCGCACCAGCGCAUCGGCAAGGCAAGGUCACAGCUCGGCCCAAGAGGCAAUGUGGAGAUCCUAAGGCGCUGACUAAGACUGACAAGCCUCCGAAUAUUUGUGCAUAUGCCGAUUGUGCAUCAGUGGUCUCUACGUAUGGUUUGCCCUGCAAGUACUGUGAACGAAGAUUCUGCUACUCUCAUAUACUCGCCGAAGUCCAUGGCUGUGGAGACAAGGCGUCGAAGGCGGCUCGAGCAGCAUACAAGCGAGAUAUGACAUCUCACACUCGCGGCCAAGGGCUCGUCAAUCCAUCUAUCGCGGGCUCCGAGGCGAAACGAAAAGUCGUUGCCAAUAGGCUCGCCGAUAAGAUCAGGGAAGCUCGAGAGAAACGAUCGGCUAAGCCGAAGAAGAGAAAGUGA